GAAAAGCAUUCUGGGAUGGAGUAUGUAAACAUCAGCUUCAAACCUGUCAGACGAGAGACCAAUGCAUUUUAUACACAAUGCAGACUUAAACCGGCUUAUUUUUUAUGAAUUUUAUCUUUUAAUACAAACGGGGGGCACUCGACUCGAGUGAAUUAUCGGGAUGUGAUCAUGUUUUCAAAACACGACAGUAACGUUACUUCUAUGCAAGUGUCAGAAUGCUAGCAGCUAGUUAGCUUGCUGCUGGAUCGCAUUCAUGAGCUCAUAGUCGUACAACAUUUCAACGGAUUCGUCCAUUCUUCUUUGUUACCGACAGUCCUACUACUGUAAAGGAUGGGUGUGAAAACGUUCACUCACAACUCCCCCAGCCACAGCCAGGAGCUUCUGGAUAAGCUUAACACCCUGCGCAGUGAGGGCCACUUCUGUGAUGUCACCAUUCGGGUACAGGGCCAGCUGUUCUCAGCCCAUAAGGUAGUCCUAGCCUGCUGUAGUGACUUCCUUCGGGCAAAGUUGUCUGGGAAGCCGGCUGAAGAAGACCCAAUAAUUGUCGGUGAAGAUAACAAACACGUGCUUGAUCUCCAACAUGUAACGGUUGCUGGUUUCGCUCCUCUUCUUGAAUAUGCAUACACAUCUACUUUGUCCAUUAGUACAGAGAAUAUCAUCGACGUAUUGGCUGCAGCGAGCUACAUGCAGAUGUUCGCAGUGGCCAACACUUGCUCUGAGUUCAUGAAGUCCAGUAUCCUGUGGAACGCGGCAUCUUCGGGAGCAGGAGCUCCUGGUAGCAUCCAACCUCCAGGUUUGCACAGGCCCCAAGAACCCCCUGAAGGCCACGCCAGCUGCACCCUCGCCCCUGUAGAUGCCCUCUCACCAUCUCCGGUUUCAUCCGAGUGCAGCGUGCCAGAGCGGCCCAUCCCUGUGUGUCGUGAGUCCAGACGCAAACGCAAAGGCUUCGCAAGCCCACAACCAGCAUCCUCUACCUCUCCGCAAGUCCCCAACCCUUCGCCCUCCUCUUCCUCCUUCCCAGAGAGCUCAGCGCAGGCUUUGGAACCAUCCCUGGCCUUCUCCUGGACGUACCCCUUCGGUGUAGACCGUCGGUUUACACCAGAGAAGUCAAAACUGCCUGAAGGUCUCCUGGAAACAUCUGGAGCGUCGGGUCAGGACUCUAGUGGAAGGGCUCUGGUGGAGUAUCUGUCCUGUGAGGGUCCCCGUGGCCUGGGCGUAGUGGGAGCAGCAGGGGUAGAGGAGGAGGAAGAAGAGGAUGUGCAGGUGAAGGUAGAGAGGCUGAGUGAUGAAGAAGUGCAUGAAGAGGCUUCUCAACCGGUCAGCGCUCCACACAGUUCGCUGAGUGAUCAGCAGACGGUUCCUGGCAACGAACACAACCAAGAAGAUCUACUCAUCAGCCCUCAGUCCUCAUCAAUCGGCUCCAUGGAUGAGGGGGUGACGGAGGGUCUUCAGUCCAUGCAGGGAACUCCAAACACUACUGGUCACAUGGAGGAGGAUGAGAGGCUAGAGAAUGUCCAGUACCCAUACCACCUGUACAUCAGCCCUUCAACUCGCCCAGGACUCAAUGGUCCUGAACGACCCUUCCAGUGCCCUACAUGUGGUGUCCGAUUCACUCGAAUACAGAAUCUCAAACAGCACAUGCUUAUCCACUCUGGCAUUAAGCCAUUCCAGUGUGACCGAUGUGGGAAAAAGUUUACGCGGGCUUACUCUCUGAAGAUGCACCGGCUGAAGCACGAAGGUAAACGAUGUUUCCGGUGCCAGAUCUGUAGCGCCACUUUCACUUCCUUCGGUGAAUAUAAGCACCACAUGAGGGUGUCUCGCCACAUCAUCCGCAAGCCUCGGAUUUACGAGUGCAAAACGUGCGGCGCCAUGUUUACCAACUCCGGCAAUUUAAUCGUACACCUGAGGAGUCUCAACCAUGAGGCGUCAGAACUAGCAAACUACUUCCAGACCAGUGAGUUCCUCCUCCCAGACUACCUGAGUCACAUGCAAGAGGAAGAGGGGCUCGGACACUUUGAGAUAAGUGAGCAGACCUUUGAAGCUUCUUCCUCCUCUUCCUCAGUCCAAACGCCAGUUAUCUCUCAAGUUUCCUCUACCAUGAACUAUGAAACCAACACUUCGGCACCUCCUUCCCAAACCCCAAACCCCAGAUCAGGGAAUGGAGGCGAGGGCACGGCAGGGGACCUCCAGAAGCCCACCACUGCUGUCACCUCUCUGCAAGACCCAGAGGAAGACGAGGGAGAGAAGGAGAGAGGGGCAAGAAAGAAGAAGAAGAGACUUGUGCCAAUUACUAUUGAGUGAAAACGUUCCAUGUGUGUGAACAUGUAUAAUGACAGUCAGUGUACUGUAGCACACUCAGUACUUCUGUUACGAUUUCACAGCUUAUCAAUCAUGGAAAAUGGAACAUUACUGUUAUGAAAAUCUUUUUUUUUUUAUUUGUUGGGGUUGCUUUUAAGAUUAUCCGAUUUGGAUCUAUGUCAAAUCUAUGUAAAAGACCAUCAUAACCUUGCAGAGAAAACCACAUGAGCAUCACAUAUUCAGGCCCGUAGCCAGCCUGGUGAAAGGGGUGAUUCUUUUUUCUUAAAAUAUGGACUUGUUUGCUGUUAUUAGCCUCAUUUUCAUAUUAAUUAUGAGGUUUAAAUACUUUUUAAGCACUUUUUUUUGCUUCAUUAGCUUGUCUGAUAAUCAACCACAUUUUUUGAUAUACCAAAAACAUUUCCUGAAGAUUUAGAAGAAAAAAAAUAUGAGAAUAGUACUUAUUUUUCAAAUACAAAUUUAUUACAUCUUAUAUUAUUAGAAAAAAGGAUGCUGUUCAAGUUUUAAAUUAAAAACUAGCCUAUUGUUAUUUAUUAGGCAAACACAAACUGGCCAGCACAUUCAACUUUCCACAAUCAUGCUGAGGCAACAGCCAAAAGAGGAUUCUGCUUGGUCUUAAAGCCUUCUUCAAUGGUUAUUUUCACAAUUUAUUAUGGCAUAGCAGUCAAAAUAGGACAAAUUCUGGACCUGUGUCAGUGAGGAGUGGGUCUUUCGAACCACCCGAACCCCCAUUGGCUGCGGGCCUGAUGUUAAAGUUAAAAGUAAAGCACACACAGAACGUGUUUCAGAACAUUUUCACAUAAAAAAAACAUGAUCACGUUUUUAAUUAGCAUGAAAAUGUUUUAAAAGCAUGUUUUGUGUGUGUAAUUUUUUUUUAAACAUGUAAAUCUCAUGUAUUUUUCUCUUAAGGAGCAGUUCAAAGUUUAGUCAUUUUAUUGUCUUUGGGGUCGAUCACACCGGAUACGCUUCUUGUGUUGAGAGGUGCCUUUUUAAAAUGAUUUACUAACGGUCGUGAGCGUUUUGGCGCUGCUUAUUAUUUUACGUUAUUAUCGCGUUUUACCGCAUGUUGUGCGCUCACCAUAGGUAUAUACACUAGAUAUCGCAUACUAGCAUGCGUCAAUAGCGCCACCACAUUUGUACAGUGCUCCCAGGACAAAUGUCAUUCAACCACACUAGUCAAGACUAAAGCCAAUCUGAAGAUGCUUUACUUUAGCGCUGUAUACGGGUGUAGUAACGAGUAAAAGCAUAAAGGCAGAACAUUUCAUAGAUGAGAUUUUGUUUUGUAUGUUUUUGUAUGUUACAAAUGUGCUAAACAAGUAACAUUAUUGAUGAUAUUAGUCACUUACUGCACUGAUCAAAAGGUAAAGUAGCACCAACUCACACAUUAUUCUAGGCUUAUGCUAGUUUUGUUGAAUAAAAUGAAAGUAACUGAUAACAUAGUGCCUGCGCCUCAAUGUGCAUACUGACCAUCCUAAAUUAUUGAAUGUUACUAAUGUUAUAUACCAUUUAGAUCAGAAAGGUGGAUAGCCAUACUGAGAUGCAGGCAUAUCGAUGGUUCACACAAGUUAUUUAUAACAGAGAUUCAUUCACAAACGAAUCGCUCCCUCCAUUAGAAUGAGAAGUGAAAGCAGGAGCAGGGCUGUGUUUCAGGACAUGGAUUAGGAAAAAGGUAGGGAGGAUAACACAUUUUCAUGCACAUAAACACACACUCUUUGUCAGCAAUGCCGGUGUGAUCACUUAUCCAUCAAUGUAGAAAAGUGAUGUAAAAUUAUAAUUUUCUUAAUUUAAAAAAAUGUUGCGUAUUGACCACCAGGAAAACUCCCGAUCAUAGAUAUAUGUAUAAAUGUUUACAUAUCUAUGGCUCCAGAUGGCCAGUAUUCCACUGCACCUUGGUCCUACAUUCAUUUCAAAGGAGCGCUACCCUGUACUAAAAUGGCAGCUCUAUUGACGAUUCCUUCCAAUAGACACCAACAACGUAGGUGACAUCUAAUGUAAAUAUAUAUGUGCGAUCACAGUUAAAAUAGCAUCAACUCCGAGUGAAAAAAACGUGUUACGUCAGUCUCGUCUUUUUCAUUCUCCAAUCAAAUGAAAGCAGAGGUGGGGUUUCCGUUGAGGUGACAGCAGUGUUUGAAGAUGGAGAAGAGACUAGUGGUCGCUGUUUUGAGUUAUCCGGUGCUGUAUGACUCACAAACCUUGAAUUUCACUAUAUUAUUAAAUAUUAAAAUUAUAAAAAUAUCGACAGUAACACUCUCGCACGAUACCCAACUGAUUCAUUCGUUGUCUAGCUACUUAAAGGCGCUUCUUUUUUU